GAACUCGAUAACUUUGUUGCUUCACAUGUAAAUUUUUUGACAAGAGAGCAGAAAAAUAACCAAUCAAAGAUAGUUUAAUAUAAUAAGAAUUUGGGAAAUAUGUGAAAUCAAAGAGCAGAUAGAUAGAUAUAAAUUGAGGUUUGCGACCUAAGGUCUAUUGUGCCCUUACCUCCCUUAUGUCACAACGACUCACAUAGCCUAAGCACACUUCAGUAUAGUCUUUCAGUAUCUGUUGGAUGAUAAUCAAAGAGCAACAACAAUCGAUAAGUUUCUAAGAAUCAGCAACAAACUUUUUUCUUUAUAAACGCAGCCUUACGUAAAACAAAAUGUCAAAAUUUUUUUCAAUUAUGACUUAUUUAGUAUGAAACGGCAACACUGAUUGGGUAUUCAUUAAGCAAAAUAAUUCAAUUGCACGUGUGCUUCUAAUUAUUGUGGCUUUUUUUUUAUUAAUAUUAAAAUAUUUACUGAUUCAAUAUAUUGCAAUGCCUCCAGUUCGAAAAAAUAAAUCCGAUAGUUCUAGUAGAACUGAGAAGCAGUCUUUGGAGUCGAGUGGCGUAAUUUCAGGACAAUUGGAUAAAAGGUUGAAGCAACAGCAAAAAAAAAUUAAUGAUAAACGAGGGAUCGUAUUUAUUAAGCACUUACCACAUGGAUUUUUCGAAGAACAAUUGAAGAAUUAUUUUGAGCAAUUUGGUAAAGUGACACGCUUACGACUUGGCCGCUCGCGCCGUACUGGUGGCAGCAAAGGCUAUGCAUUUGUUGAAUUUGAGUAUCCGGAAGUGGCUGAGGUGGCGGCUGAGACAAUGGAUAAUUAUCUCAUGUUUAAAAAAGUUGUUAAGGCUGCGUAUAUUCCUCCAGAGAAACAACUUUAUAAUUAUUUCAAGACUUCAUUACGAAGAGUAAAAAAUAAGGCUGGAAAAGAAAUUUAUGUAUCUCACAAGACGGCAGCAGUACAACGAAAAGUUAGGCAAAUGAACAAUUGGUCAAACAAAAGUUAUCAGAAACGUGCCAUAAAAAAAUUGGAAAAAGUAGAAAAACUAAAUCAGAAAUAUGCUCAUUUAGGUAUUGACUUUUCGAAAGUGCUCGUUGAACCCAAUAAAAUAGAGCACAAAACUAAUAAAAAAACAAACUCUGAAGAAGUGGGCGAUGCAAAUACCAACAAGGUAGCUAGUGAAAAUAAAUUAAAAAGAGGCAGUGUGGAUAAAAGCAGAAAUUCAAAGACACUUAAUAAAAGUAUAGAACUCCAGGACCUAUUAGGUAAUACAUUAAAUGAUGAUUCCGCAGAUGAGGACUAUGUUGUGCAGUCGCAAAGUGAUGAAGAAAGUCCAGACCUUAAUGGCAGUAUAAUUGAUAGCGAAGAGUCUCAUUCAAGCACCGAUGAGGAGACAUAUAGUUUCGCUAUGAGUUCCGACAACGAAGAAAGUGAUACAGUGAAUCACUUAGGAAAAAAACCUGAGCAAAGGGGUAUCCGCUUUGUGAAGUCUGCCAAAGCGGCGAAAGUGGAUCAUUUCGAAAAAGUAAUUAAGCGAAAACCACAGACCGGUGGUAUACAGAAGGCUAAGCAAAUAGUUAAACCCCCAGCUAUAAAGAAGACGUCAAAGAGUAUAUUACAAUUAACGGCUGCGAAGGAAAUGGCAAAAGCUGUGCCAACUAAGAAAGGAAAAUUGGCGGUGUUAAAAACUAAAUCGUUGCAAAAGAUUAGGAAGUAGAUUGUUUUUAUCGUGAAUAUUAUUAUUAUUUUUUAAAUUUUCAUAAAUAUUACAAAGUAAUACAUAUAUAAAAAAUAUUUAAAACUCUA